UCCUUCUCCUGGAUCACAGGACAGACUCAGCACCCCCCCCUCCCUCCUUGCCUGCUGUAUGACAGGACGCUCCUAACAGGCUCUACACCAUGAAGGGCUAAUCAUAAAAAAGAAAAGAAAGAAGCCAAGCUGAGUGCUGUCCUCCUCCCAUUGCAGGGGCUGGUGAGCCAUGCUGGAUGCAGCACAGAGGUGGAGGUUGCAGUAGGUGGCGAGUUUGUAGAUCCCGCUUAGCUGUGUGACCACAUCCUCGGUGACCCUCACUCAACCUUCCAGUGCUAAGGUGCAGAUCAUUGUCAGGAACAGGGUGAAAAAAGAAAGGAAAAACCAUCAAAAAGGCCAGUGGAAUAAAUGAGAGGUUGGCCACAGAAUCUCUUGCUGCACAGAGCCGAAUCACCAUGGUAACCAGAAAAUACAAUUAAAAAGGCAAGUGAGGUAGAAACAGAUGAGUAGGCAGCUCCUUACCUUUGGACAGAAGGAAGUGAAAUAAUUAUGCAGGAAAGAAAAUGGUAUAUGACAAAUAUGGUUACUCAUUGGAGACGGGAAGUAUCUUUUCAUUAAAGAAGGAAUGUGCCACUUUUAUCUCAAAGGAAGGGGAGCGCCAUGACAUUUGUUGAGGAGACCAUCUGCUUAAGAUUGUAUUUUUCCUUAAUUUUCAUUUGUUAGGCAUUGACAGUUAUUGUCCAGGCUGAUUGUACCUUUACCUGGUUUAAAACCUGAGGGGACACAAUAUUUCCGAGGCAGAAAGGAAAGAUAAAGAGAGAGAAAGGGAGUAUCUCCACCAUUGGCAAACACCUACCAUGGGAUGUCGGCAAAGUGCGGAGGAGAAAGAGGCUGCAAGGCGCUCGCGCAGGAUUGACAGGCACCUGCGCUCGGAAAGCCAGCGCCAACGCCGGGAAAUCAAACUUUUGCUACUUGGGACCAGCAACUCUGGUAAAAGCACCAUUGUAAAACAGAUGAAGAUCAUCCACAGUGGAGGCUUUAACCUGGAGGCAUGCAAAGAAUAUAAACCCCUCAUUAUUUAUAAUGCAAUUGACUCACUCACUCGCAUCAUUAGAGCACUUGCCACCCUGAAAAUCGAGUUUCACAACCCAGACCGAGCGUAUGAUGCAGUACAGCUCUUCGCUUUGACUGGGCCAGCAGAGAGUAAAGGUGAAAUUACGUCUGAGCUCCUAGGAGUCAUGAAGAGACUGUGGGCAGACACGGGUGUUCAGGAGUGUUUCAGUCGCUCCAAUGAGUACCAUCUGGAAGACAAUGCUGCUUAUUACCUCAAUGACCUGGACAGGAUAGCAGCCAUUGAGUAUAUCCCUACUGUAGAAGACAUCCUGCGCUCACGAGAUAUGACUACAGGCAUUGUGGAGAACAAGUUCACCUUUAAAGAGCUAACUUUCAAAAUGGUCGACGUUGGGGGUCAGAGGUCUGAAAGGAAGAAGUGGAUUCAUUGCUUUGAAGGUGUGACAGCCAUAAUAUUCUGUGUGGAACUCAGUGGAUAUGACUUGAAGCUUUAUGAGGACAACCAAACAAGCCGUAUGGCAGAAAGCCUUCGUCUGUUUGACUCUAUCUGCAACAACAAUUGGUUCAUAAACACUUCUCUUAUCCUGUUCCUCAACAAAAAGGACCUGCUAGCUGAGAAGAUCCGACGCAUCCCUCUCACCGUCUGCUUUCCUGAUUAUAAGGGGCAGAACACGUAUGAGGAAGCAGCAGUCUAUAUUCAGCGCCAGUUUGAGGACUUGAAUCGCAACAAGGAGACCAAGGAGAUUUAUUCACACUUCACCUGCGCUACGGACACCAGCAACAUUCAGUUUGUUUUUGACGCAGUGACAGAUGUUAUUAUCCAAAACAAUCUUAAAUACAUUGGCCUGUGCUAAGCAAUUCUCCUGGAGCCAGCACAGCAAACAGGGCAUGUCCUCAAACACGAGAGCACGUGCCAAGGGGAAAAAGUAAACACUUACAAAGGGUGAGGUUAUACACAGAGGUUCCCCACAUACUGCACUGACAAGUCCACAGUGAACCCCUCACCCACACAAACUCUUCAUUCUGACAGUGGAAGAUUAUGGCUGGGUUUCUCCAACGUUGAUGAUAACAUGUCUGAUAAUCCUGUAUCGGACCAAGAAUAGGGCCCAUGUUCUUUGCUCCCUGUAUUCAGUAUGUGUGGUGUGCGUGUGCGUGGAUGUAACUUGUGUUCGACUGAUGUCUGAUGUGAAAAUAUUCUGAAGAUCUCUGGGUCUCCUGGAGAUGUUCUGGCUGCCCAGAGGGGAUUUAAGUUGUGUCAGGUAGGGAGCCAUCACUGUCAGAAAGGAUGCUUUAAUGCCAGCACCGAACAAAGAAAAAAAAAA